UAAAUUAUCUUACCCGCCCUGACCUGCCCAUUUCCGUUCUAAUCCUACUCCACAUAGUCCAUAGGCCAUCUAUCAUGGGCCGGCGCAACAAACAUGGGCCACACACUGGGCGGCCCAGAUCCAUCCUUACGACCGCGAGGGCCUAACAACAACAAAAAAAUUCACAUACACAAGAGCUUUUUAUUUUACCAAGAAAAAAGAAAGAAGGAAAAAUAAAUAAGUGCUUCUUCGGUUCUCUUCACACGCAGAGCAGGGGGAACUUGGAGCGAGGUCAGCAGCGAGAUGGACUGAAAAUCACUUGGAGAUGCAGUUCGUCCGGCGUCCGAAGUAGUAUUCAGUUGAGCUCCUUGGGUGACAUUUCCCCCCGCCGAUGACUACUCCCGGAAGGUCUACCGCCAAGCGUACACACAAUCAGCCUGAGCCAAUUGAUCCUGGGCAUGUUUACAAUGUGCCUCCUCUGAAUGCUAUACCCCUGAAUUAUUUCGACCCGUUUGUAGCUAAUGAUGAUGCUAAUGCUGCUGCUGCUGAUAACAAUGGUGGUGUUGAUGCUGAUCCCCCAGUCGAACCAGCAAACACAGAAGACCCAUCCUUAGUUUUCUUUCCUAAUGGAACAACUGAGGCCGAGUUUGCCAAUAUCUUGAACAGAAACAGAGGAGCUAUUGCCCUCUCCGGGAUUGCAGCUAUGCAGAAGAUUGGUUCAGGUAUUGGACAAAUGAACAUUGGGGAGAGUGACGGGUUCUACAUAUUCCGUGUCUCUCUUCCUGGAGUGUCUGGAAAUGAUAGGAGCUUCAGUUGUGUUGUAGAUCCAACUGGGAUGGUGGAGAUACAAGGGGUGAGCACCACCGGGGAGCAGGUUGUUGAAAAACCUCCUCAAGUCUUCUUCAUGGAGACUCAAAACCUCUGUCCACCAGGACCCUUCAGCAUCAAGUUCAGGCUUCCUGGUCCAGUUCUUACCGACCAACUCAGAAGCUCUUUCGUCGAUGGUAUGUUCGAGGGAAUUGUGAGGAAAAUGUCCUGAAAACAAAGUUUAGCUCCCCCAUAGGAAUUGAAUGUCCCGUUUUCUUUGGAACAGUGAACUCAGAAACUAGCUGGCUGGUUCUUUAUUAGUAGGCUGUAAGCCUGUAACAUACAGCUGCCCAGGCUCAUCUUCACCUUUGCUAUUACAAUUUCUUCAAUCUCCAGGGGUGAUUCUUAUGAACCUUUCUCAGUUUAUGUCUAAAUACUCGGUCAUUGCAGUUUUUACCUUACUUUUGUCCCCUCAAUGGAUUGCCUUAGAAUUAUCUGAACCCCUUUUAUGAUUUUCCUUGUUUCUAAAAGUUUGCCUCAAUGUCGAUCUUUUAGCAAACGCUUGCAUGGGUAGUUAAUGCCUUCUUCCGGUGAAACAAGGGAGAUAUGCAAAUAAGUUGAGCCAAGUUUGAGCUAGAACUCGAGUUCUGUUCGUUAAUAAACGAUCCGAGCUAUACUUGUUUAACGAAAUAUUUGUUAGCUGUUGACUCACGUUCGAACUAGGUGUCAACUCAUUAAUGAGCUCACAAGCUCUACGCGGGGUUGACUAAUCAAUCGGUUCACGAGGUCAACUCAUUUAAAUGUCGUAGUGAAAAAAAAUAAAAGUAAAAUUUUCGUGCUUAUAUAUUAUCAUUUUCACAAUAGUUUAUAUCAUGUUAUUUAACAGUAAUUAACAUCUGAGUAAUCUAUGAUAUCGAAAUUCUCUUUCAAAUUAGAAUUGAGACAUAUUUGUCUAUGUACUUGAAGUCGUGCACAUCAUAUAUGAUGAGAUAUAUAACCUAACAAACUUAUAAUUUUUUAACAAACCAACUCAUAAAAAGACCAGUUCGCGCUCAUAAGCCGCUAGUUGAGCUUGCUUGCUAGCCACUCUGUCGAGUCAAUUCAUGAGCUCAAAACGAGCUACCUAACAAGUUGAGUCCCACAAGCAAUCGUGUUUAGCUAGCUCUCGAGUUGGAACAAGCUGAGCUCCACUCGGUUCAUUAGUAAACGAACAGAGUGUCGGGCGUGUUUUUCUCAAACUAAACGUCGUAAUAUACAUAAAUACAGAUUACAGAGUAAGCACCUGAUCAGAUUUCCUCAAUUUCUGCAGUUCUUCGUAGUUCCGCCAUCUUUGUUCCAUUUGCGAUUGAAGUUAUUGGCUCAUUAUUUUGGUUCUAUAGCCGCGGCCGUCUCUGAUUAAUUAGUGGAGUCAUUUCGUGAAGUUGCCUACUGCAUUUUUUGUUUUGUUUUGUUUUGGCCAUGCAACCGUUUGAUUAAGGUCUAUAAGGAGUAAUUUCGAUCCCAAGACAAGUUAUUAUGGCCAAAAUAUGUAUUUGACAUUUGGUUGUCAUUGACAAUUAAGUUCUAUUGAAAUUGUGGAAACAAGUCAAAAUCAAGGCAUAAUGCCAAAAAGGUAGUAUCCGUGGUUGAAACCUCUGUUUUCAUAAUUCGAUUUGAGGCUGAACCGGAAAAAAGUUAAACGGUUUAUAGUAAAAAUGGUUAAUUAUC